AAGAUCGAUACAGCACCAGUGGAAAAUGAGAAAUUUUACUCAUAAUAAAAGAUCAAUCUUGCUGAAGUGAUAUUACAUUGUUUUCCUAGCACAAGACACACCGCGUUGGUUUGAGAGCAACAUUGAUUGUACGAUGAUCUGGUAGAAAACAUUUUCAGAAGUAGGAGAAAAAAAUGGAAAGCGAAAAAUUAUUGAUGGCCGCUGGUGUAACAGCGGCAGUCGUCGUUGGUGCAUUUGUUUUUUGGGGACCGUCUGGUUCUUCCAAACUUCGUCAACGUCGUGGCCAGAUUGCGGGACUGCACAAUUUCGGAAAAACGUGCUUUCUUAACACCCUGUUGCAAGCGCUUGCUGCCUGUCCGCAGUUUAUUGCUUGGCUGCAGCUGCACAACACAAAGGACAAAAAAAGCUUAGUAUCGUCGCUGCAGAACGUGCUGGAAGUAGUGAAUGGAACGCAUCCGACGUUGCGCGGUGAUCCGUACGCUCCCGGUGCUGUCAUACGAGCGCUACAUACCCUUGGGUGGGUUAUAUCGCCUGAGGAACACGAUGCCCACGAGCUGCUGCUGGUGAUGCUCAGCUCACUGGAAGAGGAAGUUUCGAAACCGCGCAAAAUAGGCUGUUUAUCCGAUGCGCUCGAUGAUAUUACUGGUGGCUUUGUUGGUGAGAUGGGAUUCCAUGCCAUUCCGGCACGCCCGUCAAGCGCGAUGCUAUCCGACUUUUGCAAUGCAGAGUACGACGAGUCGACUAAUCUGAUGCGUUAUACACGCUCGGAAGCACACACACCCGAUUCGCCACACUCCGUGUGCACGGAGAAUGAGGAACAGUCGCAGGAGAGUUCGCUGGUCGAGUUUGGGGCGUCGCCUACACACACCAUCGGCGUUGCAUUUUCCGCCGCAUCCGGUCGACGGUUUGGCAGUCGGCAACCAGCAGUGAUGCGACCCACGCCGAUGCAUGAUCAGGGUGCGGUUGGUGAUGGAGGCAAUCACUUCGCUGGUAAAAGGCAUUCGGCUUCAUAUCGCUCGCUAGAAAGGUUAAAUCGCGGCCCGGGCCGGGUGUCUGUUUGGGGCGACAAACAACAGGCGCAAAUUCCACAUCCGUUCCGGGGUGGGAUGGGUAGUCAGCUGUGUUGUGGUGGAUGUGGCCACAAAUCGACGGUGCGUUACGACAAGUUUGACAGCAUUACGCUGCCACUACCGGAAACGGCGGCACCCGGGCUCGGUAUCGGCAACUUACUCUCGGACUUUAUUCAGCCGGAAUCGUUGGAUGCGGUGCAGUGCGACGCCUGCCACGAAAUCACCACACACACAAAGACACUCACAUUUAGCAAGCUGCCCGCCUGUCUCUGUAUUCACAUUUCCCGCACCACAUGGCAUGCGAGCGGCCAUGUGCACAAGCGUAUGGACAGUGUGCACUUUCCAGAGACUCUCUCGAUGGCACCGUACAGCUUUGUGCAGCCAGGGCUAAACAGCAACAUCAGUACGCCGUGGGGAUCGACAACGUCGCUGUAUUCUGCCGGACUGAUGGCUAGCAUGGGACAGCAUGAAUCGAACCCCGGCAGUGGAUUAGAUGCGAUUGGCGGUAGUGCCAACAGUGGUAUUGAACCAUCUGGUUCAAUGAGUUUCGGAUCGUACACCUUCGGCGCGAUGUUUCCGCGCAAUUUAUACCGAUUGUUGGCCGUUAUUGUGCAUUCUGGCGAGGCAAAUGCGGGCCAUUUCGUUACAUACCGACGUGGUGCACUGCGCAACUCUUACAAAUGGUACUACACGUCGGACACGGUUGUGCGAGAGGUUCCUAUCGAGGAGGUGCUUAACAGCUCUGCCUACAUGCUUUUCUACGAUCGUGGCUCCUCGUCUAAAUAUCCUUAAGACGUACAAAACUGCCCCAAACCGGACGAACAUUUGAUUCAUCCUAACUGUUUUUUUCUUUCCUGCCCCAUGUGGGUAAAUUGCAUCGGGCGCAAUUGUGAUGUACAGCACUUAAGUUAAGCUACCUACGCAAGUUACUGUUAGAUGAAUAUUCGUUCUUCUGGGGGAAAACGUAACAAUUUGUUGUGCACAUUAAAUGUUUCGUGUAGCAUCUUAACAUAGCUUUCUUCGGGUUUAGCUUGGUAGAUACCGAAACGAAAUAUUGUGACAGUGUCAAUGUGGCAAUGAAAAAAAAGGCACGUGGAAAAUACUCCAUUUGUUGUUGUUGUCGUUACGCUUUCGUAGCAGAAGGGACAUGUUGUUGAAGAGAUGACCAGAGAUAACCAGUACAUUUUUGAAUAACAAAUGCGUGAAAAGCAUUACAUCAAACCCGGUUUGCUUUCUACUACAUCGAGACAAAAAAAAAAAACACAUCCACAUAUUGGUAGGCACCUAGCUUGAUUCAAACAUCGUUGUAAGUGUUACUAAUUUUAAGCGUAAAUACGGUAAAUACGUUUUAAAUAGUAUACUAGUUACAUGUAAGCUAGCAAUGUAAUAUAUUUUGCAGCUCAACCAACUUGUAACAUUAAGCGCAAUUUUCCCACCUUAAAUUAAUCGAUACCAUAUGUAUCCGGUUCAAAAAGGUGUUGCGUUUAUUAAAUUUUGUUUUUUAGCAAUAUGGUUCCUAUAAUCGUUUUUUUCUCCUUUCUUUUCGAAGCAAUCGUUAAAUCAUACUAAUGCAUGUGCAUUUUAAGCAAAUAGCGAUUGAUUACACGUGUGCACGUUUGGCGCCAUACUCCACGGAACAGCUUACUAUAGUUUAAGUUAAAGUGCUUAUGAAAUGCAGAUAAUUUCGUUGGCUAACCCUUUAAGCCAAAGAUAAACUAAACUCUUACUAGAAAAGAAGUACUAUUUCCAUAUUAUAAUCGUAGCAGUGCGAUCCGCAACUAGAUGCCGAUGUAUUGAGAUUCUACUUCAAAAGCAGAAUAAACAAAGCUGAAGAUGUAUUUUUUCGAAAUAAAUUC